ACGACUGCGACGGAUACUAACUUCUCCGCGUUCGCGCGCCUGAACUCCGAACUCCGUUCGUUGCUUAUAUACCUUCUUAUCCCCGUCCUUUCAACUGCAAUGACACUGAAGUGGAUCACCGUCGUGUUUCUCGCCCACUGUCGGAUUUUUCGAAGCGUCUUCUUAGUGACAUCGUCCGAUUACCACUCUUGCAGGUUGUGAGGGUGACGUUGGACGAUCGGAUGCCGACGGUGAAGUGGAGUGACGUGAUAGUGUGUGCGUGCAUUGCAAAGAACAACAAUGUUGAUAGGCAGAACUGGCGCGUGAGUAUGCGUCCCAGCUGUGUCGGACCACUGGGCUGCCUCCGGUGGAGUGCGUUGGUGUGUAUAAUCAUUGCUCAUCUCCUCCUACAGUCGAGCGGACUCACCACCAUACAACUAGGUGCUAUACUGGAUGAUGAUGACCGUGACUCGGAAAUGGUGUUCCGGCAGGCCAUUGACGCGGUUAACAGUGAUCCCAGAUUGGGGAGACAUAGACUCGCAGGAAUAGUGCAGAAAAUCAAACGCCACGAUGCCUUUCAUGCUGGAAAAGCAGUGUGCAAGUUGCUCAAGUUAGGAGUCAUGGGCGUCCUGGGUCCGGCGUCGGAGUCUGCAUCUGGAGUCGUGAGAGCGGCGUGUUCGAGAUCGCACAUACCGCACAUCUUCGCCCACUCGGAUGACGAAGGUUCGACAGGGGACGCCAGCGUUACCAUCAACCUGGCCACGCCUUUGUCGCUGCUAGGCCGGGCACUCAGAGAUCUCGUUCUAGAGAAACGAUGGAAAUCAUUCACCGUUAUCUACGAAGGCAACUCAGCACUCAUGUGGCUCCGAGACUUAUUAACCCUCGGUGGACAAGAGGGCCUUGGCUUUGGUCUCCGUCAGAGCGACAAAGGUCGUGAUCUGCGGAAGUUGUUCCGCGAAGUUGGACGUCGAGGAGAGACCAACGUCGUUCUUCAUGUCCCAGCUCGUCGGAUUGCCGAGUACUUACGAGAGGCUCAUCUUGCUGGCAUGCUUUCCGAGUACCACAAUUACAUCUUGACAUCCCUGGAUAUGCACGUCCUUGACCUGCGGGAAUUCCAGAGGAUUCCCUGCAACCUUACGUCUUUCCAUGUGCUGCAGACGAGUGCCCUGCCCUGGUUUUCGAGGGAUGACCACGUGGGGGAAGAUUUGGCAUCAUUAGCGAAACAAUAUGGCUUAGCCAGACACACCAAGAAGUACGUCAAGUUAGAUGCUGCCCUGGUGCACGACGCCGUCUUUGCGUUCAGUCAUGGUUUGCAGGCCCUGAGUCGCUACCACAGUCUGGCACCACCACACAGAGCCUCUUGUGACAGCGAUGAAGUCUGGACCAAAGGGUUGUCUCUCGUCACACAGAUCAAAGCGGGUUCUUUCUCUGGGUUGUCUGGAACAGUGCAGUUCGAUUCCUUUGGCAGAAGAUCCAACGUUUCCCUGGAUAUCGUGGAGCUCAAACCGGACGGCCUAAAGACGGUCGGAAGAUGGGACUUGACAAAGGGCAUCAACUAUACCAGAACCUAUUCCAUGCUGUAUGACGAAGUAAGAUCGUCACUCAGGAACAAGACAUUCCGUGUGACAUCUCUCGUAAACGCACCCUACAUGAUGCUGAAAAACUCCACCGAGAACCUUGAGCACAACGACCGUUUCGAGGGAUUCUGCGUGGACCUACUUCACGAAAUCGCUCGCCUUCUGCAUUUCGACUUCAAGAUCAGUCUUGUGCGAGACAGUGCUUAUGGCAGCAGAAGCAGACAUGGCGAAUGGAACGGCAUGAUCCGAGAAGUUCUCGACAGGGAGGCGGACAUGGCUAUCGGUGACCUGUCUAUCACGUACGCUCGUGAAAGCGCCGUGGACUUCACGACUCCUUUCCUCCAUACGGGCAUUGGCAUACUGUACCGGCGACCAGAGCAAGAACGUCGCAUGUUCUCCUUCCUUCUGCCGAUGACGGCAGAAGUUUGGCUGGGUCUAGUGGCCGCAUACCUGGGUACGAGUGCAGUUCUUCACCUCGUCGCUAGGUUAUGUCCCGGCGAGUGGAUCAGGCAGCGAAGGCUGUGCAAGUGUGCAAGUGGCGGCGACAGCGAUGACCGAGCGCGGAACCCCUUCAGCGUUUACAAUAGUUUCUGGUACACCAUCUCAGCUCUAAUGUUCCAGGAUUGCGGGAUUAAUCCCAGGGCAUCGUCGACAAGACUUGUGGUCGUGGUCUGGUGGUUUUUCUCCUUCAUUUUAGUAUCGUUCUACACGGCUAAUAUGGCUGCAUUCCUGGUCAACGAGAAGUUGAAGCUCCCCAUUGAAAACGUUCACGACUUAGCGAGGCAGUCGGAGAUCCUCUACUGCUGCCUCGCGUCUGGUUCCACGGAAGCAUUUUUCAGGGAGUCCAGACUAGAGCCAUACCAGAAGAUGUGGGCGACAAUGGCGUCUUCCCAGGAGGAUCUGCUUGUACGCACAAACGCUGAAGGCGUGGAACGUGUGUUAAGUGGUGGAUACGCAUUUUUCAUGGAAUCCAUGACCAUCGAAUACCUAGUCGAAAGAGACUGCCGCCUUACACAAAUCGGAGGGCUACUCGACUCGAAGGGCUAUGGUAUUGCCAUGCCCACCGGUUCUCCGUACACUGCCCACAUGUCGUGGGCCAUCCUGAAGCUUCAGGAAAGCGGCACCCUGCAACGGCUGAAAUGGCGAUGGUGGUCGGGUCACUGUACAGAAGGAAGGAGUAAGGAAGACUCUGACGCCACCCAAGACGUUAAUUCCCUGGGGAUUGAGAACGUGGGUGGAGUCUUUCUCGUGCUGCUGGGAGGCCUCGGCGUCUCAUCGGCAAUUGCUAUCCUAGAGUUUAUUUGGAAUGCAAGUAGGAGGCAGAAAAAUCCAGCUUCUGGCACGCUGUCCCGGGCAGAAUCGAAGGCCUCUUCGGGCACACAGUCCGGUGUGCUGGAAAACGCUAUAUCCGUCCUCCCAGCGGCGUCCCUGGCGGCCCUCAAGAUAGACGUCGCAGAGGGCUUGCAGUUAUCAUCUCCUAGACACGGCGUCUCAUAGCAGUACGCCGAGUCACCCGACGUGCUGGUGACCGCCCUUGCGACUGAACACUUUUGGUGAUCUGUGACACUCACUGCCUUUCUUAUAAUUCCUCAACAUCACCACCAUGCCAUGCGGAUGUGUGGCUCAACUGGGAUCCUCGAAAGGGCCCGCGAGGAGAAAGUGUUUGCGUGCUUGUGGUUGUGUGACAGGACACAAAAAUGGGAUGUGUAAAUGCGUUAACGUACCUGUAUUAACAAACUUCUGUUCCUUUU